AUGGAAACGCCGAAUGGUAGUAAUAAAUCAGGAGAUGAAAUCAAACGAGUAUCCGAUGCAAUGGAUGUAUUAGCUAAAAUAAUAAUACAAAGACGAAAGGAUAAUAAUCAAGUUAAAGUCGAUUAUGAAAAAAAAUUACAUGAAGUGGAAAAAUUAAUUAAUAUGAUACUUGCAUUGAAUCAAAAGGAUGAGAAUGGAUUUUCAGCAGAUACGACAGAAUUAGAUAGGAUAUUAAAUAAUGGUGUUGAAAUAAUUGAAAAUGGUGAAAGAAAACAAAAAUAUGCGUUAAUUCCAAUAGUAAAGACAGAAUCCACCAUACAUCAUAAUACAAUUGAUGAUUUAUCAAAUAAGAAGAAAAAGAAAAAGAAUAAGAUUAAUUGUUCUUAUUGUAAAGAGACAGGGCAUACACGAGCUGCAUGUCCAAAAAGGUUACUAAACCCAAAACCUCAGUCAUAA